GUGCACGAACGCUGGGCUAAGCGGACCCCCGUCGUGAACGCAACACAUAACACCCCAUAGCUAUUGUAUCUCUUACUGAAAGGUUAUAUCCACAGUGGAUGAGUAUGACUUAUGUAAUGGCGUCCAAGCCCUUGCCCGCCCAUCGUGCCCGCUGCCCCGGUGCAAAAAGGCCUCUUUCCGAAUAGGCCCCUUCUUUGCACUUGAGUACACACAGCCCAGGAACAUGAUAUAUAUUGUGGGGUGCCUAAAGUUGAAAUUAGGCAAGUCAUGCCAAGUGCUCGCUUCAGUUGCGUUGCCAAGGCCCAUUGGAAUUGAAGGAACCCCCUCUCGUGCCUUAAAAAAAACGGUUCCAGUACUCCCUUCGCGUUGUCCCUCCUCCCCACUCAUCAUCUACACGUUAGCUGUCUCCUCGCUAUGUUUUCUCUUCUCCGUCUCGUCGCUGCCAUUCUUUCCCUGAUCGCUGCUUUCUCCUCUGUCUCUGCGCAAGACGUUCCUGCCUGUAGCCGAUCCUGUGUGCAACAAGCUCUUUCGAGCACAGGCUGCAAGACUUUGAGCAAUCUUUCCUGUCUUUGCAACAGCGAGCCAUUCUUCGAAUCCGUUGGUGCUUGCGCCCUGACGGCCUGCAGCACACAAGACUUUGGUCAGACGUUCGCUGACCUGGGAUCCCUUUGUAUUGGACACACCUCGCUUACUUUCUCCAUUCCUGGCGGGGCCACCAGUCUCUUGCCCACUCACUCUAGUACUAUCGGUCCUGGUGGCGGCGAUGCCACUACCACCAAACCCGCCCCGGGCUCCACCACCUCUGUCUCCCCUGCGAACAAGUCUGGAGCCGCUGCACCUACCGCCAAGGCCCUGGUCCUUUUUGGAAGCAGCAACGCUCUCCUUGCCGUCGUUCUUGGAGGUAUCAUGUUCGGUGCUUAUGGUGCUGGAUUGUGAUGUGUGUGGGUUCAACGGGUUUUAAGUGCUAAAUGUCCCGAAUGGAAGAGUACGCAAACUUCCAGCGACUUCGUGCCUCUCUUUCCUUUACACUUUCUUUCAUCCCCUCUCCUUUUAUCUCUGUUGUUGUGCCGAUCAAUUCUCCCGCAACCUUAUCAUUCUAAGGACGAUCUGAAACA